AUGGCUCGUUACAGCUUCUUGGACGACUACAGCGAAGGCGCGCACCCCAAAGUCUUGGAGGCGUUCUCCGCCACGAAUAUGUCACAACAGAGACCUUAUGGCGAGGACGAAUACUCAGCCUUGGCCAAGGAGUACAUCAGAGACGCAACCGGCGUCCCAACCUCGAGCAUACACCUCGUGGCCAGCGGCACCCUCGCAAACAUCAUCUCCAUAGGCAAUUGUCUACGCCCGCACGAGGCAGUCAUCGCUCCAGACACAGGUCACGCUGUUGUUCGAGAAACGGGGGCCAUCGAAGCCAUUGGCCAUAAACUGAUUACUGUGGCCAAUUCACAGGGCAAGUUGACGGUGGACAGCAUCCAAGCCACGCUGGAGAAGAACGCACAUUUUCCUCAUAUGGCCAAGCCUCGCUUGGUGUAUCUUUCGAACGCAACAGAGCUCGGGACCGUGUACUCCAAGACAGAGCUGUCGGCAAUCUCUCGUUUCUGUAGGGAGCGGGGGCUGCUAUUGUUUCUGGAUGGGGCGCGAUUGGCCGCAGCUUUGGCUGCAGAUCGGAACAACUUGACUCUCAAAGACAUUGCGGGGUUGACAGACAUCUUCUGGUUUGGCGGCACUAAAGUUGGAGCGUUGAUGGGCGAGGCAAUUGUCAUCAGCAAUCAGGCAUUGGCCUCUGACUUUGUAUUCCAUGUGAAGCAACGCGGGGGUCUCUUGUCUAAAGGUCGGGUACUCGGUAUUCAGUUCCUGGAGCUGUUCCGCUCGAACCUAUUCUUCGAUCUGGCGUCGCACGCAAACCGAAUGGCGAAGCUGCUUUCUUCGGGGAUAUCAAAGGCCGGCCACGAACUGGCGGCUGCAACGGAAACCAACCAGGUGUUCGCAAUCCUCCCGAAUGAUCUAAUCACGAAGCUUGAAGAAAGCUACACCUUCUAUGUUUGGGAAAAGAUUGGAGGCGGCAGCGCUGUCAUUCGGCUGGUUACAUCUUGGGCGACGGACCAAACGCAGGUAGAGGCCUUCAUUGCUGCAGUGCAAAAUUGGCGAUGA